AUGGUCCAGGAGGAGAAGAUGACAGAGUCCCGCCACAAGCCUGUCAUGGCCCCGGCCUUGGCUCAGCCGUCCACGAGUGCGGCAGCGCCCGUGCCUGCGCCCUCGGCCUACGUCCCCGCGCAGCCCUGCCUGGCCCAGGCAGCUCCGAUGGUGUCACUCCUGACAGUGCCAGUAACACUCGCAAUGCCUGUUGCCUCUCCAGCGCCAGCCGUUCAGCCAGGAUGCGAAUACCCCCGCUUGCUGGGCAGCGUGAGCCCAGCGUCGCAGGGCUCGCCCAAGCCAACCUCGCCCAGCGCCUCGCCGCGCGUGCGGCCUGGGACUCUGGAAGCCACGCAGUUGGAUGAGAACCGCGAGCUCGUGAAGUGGUAUGUGGACGCUGCAAAGUUCGAGUCCAACUCAGAGAGGUUGCUCAGCCCGGAGUUUCAGCUGCACUUCCCCGGGCAGGCGGAGCCCUUCACCUUCCGAAUGGUGAUCCUGGCCACGCAGACGGGUGGAAAGCAUGGUGCCGGAUUCAAGAAGGCUAAGGGCCGAGGUGUCAUCGAGUUGAAAUGCUCUUCUGCCGUGCCUUCAGGUGUGGACCCCGUUACCGCCCUUGUCACAAUUGGUGAAGGAGCCCGCAAGCAGAUCUGCGCAAAGCCGAUUGAGCACAAUUUCGGCGAGAAGACCUGCUGCCAGCUGCGGAAUGGCGAGGAAGCUGAUUGGGACUUCAGACAGUCGAUCAGCAGAGACUCCAAGAGCUGCGAGAUUUCGGUGGAGAUCCACCUUUGA